UUGAUUCUCCAGAAGUUGCUUUGCAUGCACACACUUGAACCGCCCCAAGGAGCAGAACACUCUACACUUAAGACAGCGUCGAAACUUUCGAUCCUACACAGUCUCGUGGACGAUCAUCCAAACCAACACAAUGCUUCACCCUUGGGAUCGCGUAGACACAAUGUGCAACCUCAGCCCGUGGGCUCUGCUGCCUCUCUUCAGCUCUGGGUUCACAGCUGCUGGAUUCUGGCUGGUGUACUUUUUUGGUCCCUCUUGGUUGAGCUUUCCUCCCGACAUGGGGGACGCAGCCAUGUUUGCACCAUCCAGCUGCAUCUUCAGCGCUGUCAUGAACGUGUCCGCUUUUCUGUUGUUCGCCGUCGUCUUCCUCAGAUACUUUCAACUGAAAUCAAGAGCAGAGGUUCAGUGCCUGAACAUAAGCGGAGUGGUGGUUUUCUCUUUUUUCUUCCUUGGAAUGUUAAUCACCGGAAACAUCCCGUUUGCAGUGAAGGGAGGUCUGGCUACCUUUGGUUCAUAUAUCACAUUUUCCGCGGGACUGGUUUACUGCUGGAUGCAGACAAACAUAACCCUUAAGGGUAACUUGAAGAAAGAGGGAAUGAUGGUCGUUCUUCUCCAAGUCCUCUUGUCUACAGCCAUCACUGUCUGCCUGACUUUCUAUAUCUACCUGAAAUUCCAUCACUCCUACGUGUACGGCAACCUUUCAACUCAAUUCCAGUGGGCCGUGAUCAUGCUCUACCUCAUCUUCUUCAGCACCUUUGCCAUUGAAUUUAGACACUAUCGCUUCAGCAUCGACUGCUCAGAGAAUUCUGGAGAUCUCCUCACAAAGGAAGAAUUCAUCACAUCGGUGUCUGAAAAGGUCUCCUUUCAGAUCCUUAAAAAUGAACAAACUGACAAAAAUUGAAUUGUGACACAAAUCCCUUUUGUUGUGAACAUGCUGGAUACAGUUACAGCAGCUUGAAUGUCCUGACAUGUUGUCACUGCUUCAUCCGCAUGUGAAUAUUGCUCUCCAUCUAUAAGCAAGUCAAAUGGAUUUCAUUUAAUAACACAGUAUCAGCUCAGUUAAUUUGUUUUAACAAUGCUUUAGUGUGGAAAUAAUUGUUGCACUACAUUUUACACACAAUAAACUCAAGCUUCAAAACA